CUUCGAAUCUCAUUGUCAGACAAGUCAAGUCAUUCUCAGACAACUCGGGCCGGUCACUCCAACGGCAUCAUUGACACGACUGCAGUCACGACAACAAGCCCCCCCCCACUAUCAAUUACGACACGAAGCACCCACCCCUCUCGACUUUGUGAACCACACCAUCUAGAUCACUCGCGGCCGGCCGCCGAACCGCUGCAUCUCGACAGUCAUGGACGGCGAACCACCUCAGGAGGAGGACUUUUCGCAGAUCCCACUCGUCGAGCGAAGCCAGCACAAGAACUGGAAGGCCCGUCUCUCGGCGUACAACGAUGUCAUUGCAAAGUCGGCCAAGACGGCCUCGGACACGGAUCCCUUCUUCAGGCCAUUCAUCGGCGAUGCGGGACUGCUCAAGAAGUGGACACUCGACGCCAACGCCGUAGCGCAGGAGAAGGGUGUCGAGGCGGUUCUCGCCAUCGUGACAAAUAGCGGCGAGACGAGCGCAAAACUACGGCCCGAGGUUGUACCUGCGCUCGUGGACAAGGUGCUCGGCAACUCUCGAGCAGGCACCAAGAAGAAGGGCUCCGACCUGUGCGCCAUGUUCGUCGAGGUCGAGAAUGGAGGAGAGGGUGUGGUCACGGAUGUCCUCGUCGGCCUCGGAGCAAAGCAGCCCAAGACAGUCGCGGGAGCCGUUACGACCUUGAAAGAAAUCACCGAGGCUUUCGGAGUUCCCGCCCUCGGCAACGUCAAGGUGCUGCUCAAGGCUCUCCCCAAAAUCUUCGGCCACACCGACAAGAACGUCCGUGCUGAGGGCACCAGCCUCACGCUUGCGCUGUACACUUGGCUCGGUCCGGGGCUCAUGCCGGCAUUGGCAGAGCUCAAGCCGGUGCAGGUGGCCGACUUGCAAAAGGCGUUUGACGCCCUGGACGCAGAAGGCAAGGGCAAGGGCACUGGCAAGGCGACCCGCUGGACGCGCAAGGCGCAACGUGAACGAGAGGAGGCCGAAGCGGCCGGCGGCGCCGACGACGAUGGAGGCGCUGCCGGCGACGCCGAGCCCGAGGCGAUCGACCCAAUGUCUCUCCUGGACCCAGUGGACGUGCUGGCUCUGUUCCCUGCUGAUCUCAGCGAACGGCUCGCGUCAUCAAAAUGGAAGGACAGGCUCGAAUCAAUAGAGGAGUGCAACAAGGUUCUUGCACAGCCGCAGAAUGGGCGCAUCUUGACGUCGAAUGCGGGAGCGUACUCUUCUCUGGUCCAGACGCUCGGCACGAAAUGCCACAAGGACGCCAACGUCAAUGUCGUCAUGGAGGCGGCCAAGCUUUUGGAAGGGCUCGCAAAGGGCCUCGGCAAGUCGUUUGGCCAGUUCCGCGGCGUCACCAUGACUGGUCUCAUGGAGAGGUUGAAGGAGCGCAAGGCGGCCGUCGUGGAGGCGCUGGGCAAGGCUUUGGACGCCAUCUUCCUGACAACGACACUGCAGGACAUUGUCGAGGACGUCCUCACUCAGCUCAAGUCGAAGAACCCCCAGGUCAAGGAGGGCACGCUAAAUUUCUUGCAUCGGAGUCUGAAAGCCACUCUCGACGCGCCAGGAAAGGACCAGGUCAAGCCCAUGGCCGAGGCACUCGUCGCCCUACUCUCCGACAGCGCAGAGCCUGUGCGUACCGCUGCUGCUGAGUGUCUCGGUACCAUGAUGAAGAUCCUGGGCGAGCGCGCUUUCAACCCCUUCAUCGAGAACGUGCCUGAAAUCCAAAUGACCAAGGUCAAGGAUGCCUUUGGACGCGCCGAGAUCAAGUACAAGGUCGGAGGUGCCAAGAAGCCAGCACCAAAAGCCGCUGCACCUCCCGCCAAACCUCCUGCUGCCACCCGACCCGCUGUGAAGAAGCCCGUUAUGCCCCCUCCGUCGCCGACAAAGAGCAACGGCAGCGGAAGUGACGCGCUGCUCGACGACAUUGCCCCUCCGGCCAAAGCAAUGCCGGCCAGAUUGAAGGCGAUGCUGGCUGCAAAGGCCGCGCCACCACCACCACCGUCUGAUGACCUACUCAUUGACGAGGUAGCUGCCCCGAAGCGUGCACCACCUGCGCGGUUCACGAGACCAUUAACAAAGAAGUCCAAGGACGAUGAAGACACACCGCCAGCUUCACCCGGACCAAAGUCUGCGCUUCCGUCUCCUACAAAGGCCGCACCUCCAGCACGAGCUGCUCCGCCUAAAGCAGCAGCGCCCAAGAUGCCACCACCAGCUGCAGCGGGACCCUCCAAGCCGCCAGCGAAGCCGCCAGCUGCUGCUGGUAAGCCUGGAGCUGCCAAGACACUGGCUGGAUCACCUACGGACCCGGUGAAGUACCGGUACAGUCCGGAGGAGGCUGCGGCGCGUGCGGAGGAGGCCAUCCCCGCCAAUUACCACUCGGCUCUCGCCGACGCCGCCUGGAAGGUCCGUCUCGAGGCCGCCGAUGAGAUGGUCAAGUGGAUUGGCGAAGACGGCGGUGCCGAGGCGGUGGACAGCGAAAUCAUGAUGCGUUUCUUGGGCAAGACGCCAGGUUGGGGAGAGAAGAACUUCCAAGUUUCGUCCAAGCUGUACCAGGUCAUGUCGUUGAUGGCUGAGAAGAGCCCAUCGUUUGGAAAGCCAGCAGCUUCGCUGAUCAUUGGGCCGUUGACGGACAAGCUCGGCGACCUGAAGCUGAAGAAGCCUGCUGGAGACGCCCUUUCGCUGUGCGCUGAGAGGACGUCUCUGGCGUUUGUUCUUGCCCAAUCCUUCGAGCCCAUGACCAAGCAGAAGGCCCCCAAGGCUCAGGCGGACGCCUUGACGUGGAUCAAGCAGCAGGUCAUCGACUUUGGUAUCGCUGGCAUCGCUCUUCGCGAGUUCAUCACUUUCAUCAAGACGGCUCUUGGCUCACCAAACGCGGCUGUGCGCUCUAGCGCUACUGCGUUGCUGGUGCAGGUCAAGGUUGGCGUUGGAGCAGACAUUUCGGGCUUCAUCGAGGACCUCAACCCACAGUUGUUGACCACGAUCAACAAGGAGUUUGACAAGGUUGACGGCCAGACGCCACCUGAACCAACUCGCCAACAGGCCGACCUCAAGGAUGGCCCGGCUGCAGGCGCCAAGGGCGGCAAGGGCGGUGCAGACCCGCUAGACGACCUCAUCCCCCGUGUCGACCUCGACAAGCUCGUCGCGUCGACGCCUGUCAUCAACGACUCGAAGAGCGACGCUUGGAAGGUCCGAAAGGAAGCGUUCGAGGCGCUCAACGCUGUCCUGGAAGUCAAGUCCAACGGCCGGUUGAAGCCCAACAUGGGCGAGAUCGGUACAGUCUUGAAGAAGGCGAUGGCAGACACCAACCUGUCGGUCAAGAUGCUGGCCCUUGGCAUCAUCACCAAGAUUGCAACUGGUAUGGGCCAGCCGUUCGACAAGUACAACCGUCUGCUUGUCGCUGCUGUCUGCAGCGUCUGCGCGGACCAGAAGGCCACGACUCGAUCGGCGGCGUUGACAACCCUCUCUGCCAUUGCCGACGCUUGUGGGUCUCUGGACACAAUGUAUGCUGGCAUUGGUGCCAGCUUGGAGAGCACCAACCCGGCGCUCCGGUCCUCUGUUCUCGGCUGGGUGGGCGACCGUCUUUCCGCAGAGCCACCAAGCCGAACGGCAGACCUGACCCCUCUCGGAGCACCAGUGAUUGCAGGUCUCGAGGACCGUAAUGGUGACGUGCGAAAGGCUGCCGGCGUUGUCCUUCCAUUUGUCAUUGCCAGCGCGGGCUUCGACUUCGUCAUGGACCAGUGCGCUGGCCUCAAGCCGGCGUCCAAGGCGACGAUUGUUCCGCUUGUCAACGCUGCGCGGGGUGCGGCUGCUGAUGCUGCUCCAACGCCAGCGGCGGCUCCGGCAGCCAAGAUGCCCGCCGCUGCCGGACCUGCUCGUACCAUGAGUAUCAAAGCUCCUGGUGCUAAGACAGCGCCCGGUACUCCUCGAGCAGGUUCCACUGCACCGGUGCUUCCCAAGGCGACAACUCCUGGCCCGGGACGGUCGCUCGCAAUGAAGGCACUCUCCUCCGCGCCUGGCACUCGCCCGACCUCCAGCCUCAGCGACGACAGGCCCACAGGCAUUGCAACCAAGAUGCGUCUCCCGACUGCGCGAAGCGGCUCCAGUUCCACAAUAGCGUCCAUCGCUACUGCUCCAGCGGCACCUUCGGGACGCACGCUGCCGUUCUUGACAAGUGCCCCAGAACCACGCUUGCAACGAUUGAAACGAGACGCGAGCCGUUGGUCGCUCGAGGCUGCUGCUCGCGCAGACAGCUUAGAGUACCUCUACUCCCAGAUGGAGCCUCACACCAGCCCCGACAUCUUCACACUGCUCUUCAGCAAGGACCACAAGGCCGAGGAGGACUUCAUGGCAUCUCUUGCCGUAAUCGCCGAGUUCUACGACGCUGAGACGGCUCCUUCAUUCGGCCUCCCAGAGCAUGAAAUCGUCGCGAUCCAGCAGGUCAACGUCGACCUCGCGCUCAAGUACGCGGCUGCCCGCCUUCUGUCCAACAAUACCCAGCUUGGAAUCAGGUCGCUGGAGGUCAUUUCCAACGUGCUAGAUGGCUUGGCACGCAGUGGAGAGCGGCUGAGUGAGACAGAGGUCAAACUUUUUGUGCCGGCUCUUGUGAUCAAGCUUGGAGACGCCAAGUUUGGUCCAAAACUGGCGCCUAUCUUUGAGGGGCUGGACAAGAUCAUUCCCGCAUCGCAGGUCGUCCAGUUGCUCGUUCAGUACGGUCUCGAGGACAAGUCGGCGGGCAAGACGUGUCGCAACGAAUCUCUCGCCCUUAUCGAGAAGACGUAUCGCAAGCGAGGAUCAGUGUUACGGCAGGGCGAUCGCGCGUUCUAUGAAGUGGUCGCCAAGUGCAUCGCGGAUCAGGGCACGCGUAACGCAGCACUCAACCUCAUGGCCUUGCUUCAGUUGCAGGGCGAGUCUAGGAACCUGACCGCGGUGAUUGAAUCCAUGCCCACUUCGUCCAAGGAUAUGCUUGCGAACCGACGAGCGACGCUUGCUGCCUCGAAAGCCGGCGCUCCCUCAGCCAUUGCUCGCGCUUCAGCUACCGACUCUGGACCGACUUCCCCUCGCUCAGCUUCACCGCGGCCGAAGGCUGCUGGGACGAACCGGCUUUCAAGGGAGAUUCCGGGGCCGUCGUCUGGUCCGACGUCGCCUGGUCCCACUCGCCCAGCGUCCCGCGGUAUCCCUGCACCCAGCACCCGUUUACCCACAACGUCUGGGUCGUCAACACCAUCGCGUGCGAUCCUCGUCCCGUCUUCGUUGCGGCCUGCUUCUGCAGCCUCGUCUGAAGCCUCGGGCUUACCCAUGCCAGGAGCGUCGAAGCGCACCUCCAGACUGCCGACGGCGGGAGCCGAGCUGUCGACCAACAUUAACGGCCCCACUCGCCCGUCGACUCAGCCGCUUGGUCGCCCAGUCCCAGCACCUGCCCCAGCAGUCAGCGAAGCUGUCCUCGCUAUCGAGGCCGCAAAGACACGGGAUGUCGAUGAGUCUGCCGAGGCGCUCAAGAGGCUGUCCACUCUGGUCGAAGAGGAGGAGGCGCUGUUCGUGCCCGAGGCAAAGGCUCUCCUGGACGUCUUGUGCCACCAGCUUGAACUCACGUCGCUCAACCCCGUCGACCUGCUCGAGGCUCGCAGCCUGCGACGAAUCAAGCACCUCAUGCGCUCGAUCCAUAUUGCAUUUGGCCGAGCCGUGAUUGUGACGAAGUUCAAGCUGCAGGCCCUCGAGCGCCUGUUCUCUGGCAUCAGACUGCACUACGCCCUCCUCGAGGUCUGGAGCGAGAACGAGCCAGAGGAGAACCAGCAGGCCAACGACUUACGGGACUACAUGAGUAUGGUCCUGAGCUCGAUCAUUGCCACGCCGUCGCGCGAGCUGGUUUACGCCAUGCUGUUCGACGCGCUGGUCGACCUCUGUCGUGACAUGACGCCGAACCAGGACCCACGAAUCGCGAGCGAGAUUGGUGUUGUGCUUCAGUGCACGUACAAGCGUGUACGCUCGAUCGACUCGGACCUGCGCAACAACCGUAUCGCGGCUGGCACGCUACUCAGCAUCAUCGAGGACCUGCUACAGGUCAUUCCGCCUGUCCAGUGGCGCCGCCGUCCAAAGUAUGGCCUUCCGCACGGCGACCUGCCACUGCGUGUCGUCAAGACCCUACUCCAGCGUGUCAUUGUCUACACCAAGGAGAUCAACGUGGGCAUUUACGACCUUUUGCAAGAGCAGUUUGGCGCCGAGGCCGACAUGACGACGGUGUACAGUUACAUCUUCCGAAUCUCGUCGGCAGAGGAAGCACCCCCGCCUGAGAAGGCAGCCCCGGCCGACUCUGUUGUUGCUCGUCGUGCAACCAACGGCCACGAGCGCCCAGUGAGCCUGUUAUCGACCGGCAAGAGAAUGUCGGUCGUUCCCGAGCCUCCAGCCCCGCCUGUUAGCAAGUCGCCAACCCGCGAUGUCAGUGAGGCGGAGCGACUGGUUCGCCGUCUGACCGACACGAGGGACAGCGAGCAGCGUCUGAACGACCUGCACGCGUUCAUGAAGUCGAGCCCGGAGAAUGAGGCUGAGGCUCGCGCGGCCGUCGCUUCGAUUCUCAACCCCGCUGCACAGACCUUCGUCUGGCGUGCGAUUGACCGCCGAAGUGGCGAAGGCGCUGAGCCUCGCUCACCGACCGUCGCUGCCACGACGGUGCCGCCGCAGCCCGCAUCGCCCAUUCGCUCCCCAGUCCGCGAGCUCACCUCGCCGCCUCUGAGUAACGCGUCGUCCGUGUCUGGUCCCUCGCGGCGUACGUCUCUUGCGCCUCGCCCAUCUUCGAUGGCGGGCUACGACAAGAAUGCGCCAGUCGACGACCAGCUGGCACAGCUCAAGGCGGUGUUUGCACGCACGUCUCGUACCUCAGGGUCAUCGCCUACGACGAGACCGCUGAGUGACUAUGAGCGCGUGUCACCUACCCCUGAGCGGCCUCUGAGCGACAUUGAGCCUCUGCGCGCUGCCCAGUUGGCUGCACAGCGGCGGCCGCUGAGCGAGAUUGAGCUGGGCAAGACGACGCCUUCGCCUGAAUGAGGCGUGGUCGUCGUCGUUGUCGGGCGCGUCGUGGGCACUAGUCGUAUUCCCAUUGUAUCACUGCUGCACCUCCAAUGCAUGGCGU